AUGGACAACAACAACAACAACACCAACAACGCCAGCCCUGCUGCUAUACCACCACUUCGCCCUGACCCUCCCGAUCCUCCCGGCCAAGCCCCCGCCACCACCACCAAAUCAUACUCCGCCGCGGUCGGCGCCCGCUCCGCUGCGAAGCACGGCAACGCCACCGCCAACACCUCGACUGCCGUCGCCGCCCAUCCCCUGAUGCACAACAUCGAGAACUGUGUCAUCAUCAACACCCCACCCUCAACCUCGGUCGAGCAAGUCCUCCUCGCGCUCGACAAACACUACCCUGCCCUUACCGGCGCAAUGCCAUGCGUCAUCAAGGGUCAGCGCGGCCUCCGCUUUCCCAAGGCCGCCGAUCUCGACACCCUGGUUGCCAACGGCCUUACUGUUGGCAAGACUCUGUGCAAAGUCGAGAAGCUGUACAGCUCUACUAAAGGAGGUGUUGUACAAUGCACCCUUACGGGCUUUUUCUCCGACCCCGAGGGCCUCCGCCUAUUCGAUGAGCAGAUCGCUGCCUAUGGCACGGUCCUCCGCCGUCGCAUCCAAUACAUUGGAAAGACGAAACACAUCUCUGGGAUGUACGACUUUAUCCUUGCCCUUAAGGAUGUAGAUGUGUUGCCCCCUGCCUCACUUUCUAUUGCUCGUGACGGUGUCACUGAGCGAAUCCCACUGAGGAUCACCGGUGGCAUGCGCCACUGCGUCUUCUGCCGUUCCGCGGCUCACGUCCGUAAGGAUUGCCCCGUCGCCCCGGCGUGCAAGUCCUGCGCGAGCACCUCGCACGCCACCCAGCACUGCCCGGGCCGUCACGCGUCGAGCCCCCAGGGUCGCCCCACGUCACGUGCCCCGCAUGCCUCCACCGUUACCACCGCCGCCCCCGCCGGGUCCAAGUCGAUCCCCGCGGCCUCCGCCCCCGACCGCACGACCAAAAAACGUCGAGUGGAACAGGAUCUGGCUGCCCAGACUGAAGAUCUGUCCAACAGGGCUCAGCCCGAAUCUCUGUCGAAGACUGCCCGCCCCGAGUUCUCCUUCAAUUUCCCUUCCAAUACUGCCCCCCAGCCUGCCUCCAACCAGGGAACUGCCUCUUCCCUCGUUGAAAAAUCCUCCGAGUCCCCCAGCUCAGAGACCACCUCUCCAUCCCCAAGCCCUCCUCCGGCCACGCCAAAGUCGAUCAUAACUCGAUCCAAGUCGAUUGCCGCCCUCUCCAUGCCAGCCACUCGUGAAGCCCCUCCCACUGCGCCUGCCCUCGAAGCCUCCGAGCCGACUCCCGAGCCCUCUUCGCCCACGCCGUUGCCCUCAGCCGCGCCCAAAGCCCGACCCGAUGACGCCGACGCCGACGACGAGGCCGACGAAGAAGCCGAAGACCAAGAAGCACCUCCCAAGGACGUGGAAUACGCUAUGGACCAAGAUGAUGAGCACAACUAAGAUCCCAAACGUGUCUUUUGUUGCUGCCAACGUGCAGUCAAUCAAUGAAGACCGUAAGCGUGCCUCUCUUUUCUCCAAUCUCCGCUCCCAUAACACCGACGUCUUUCUCCUGAGCGAAACUGGCCGACCUUCCCCCGAAAGGGUGGCCCAGUGGACUCAGGAGUGCCAAGACUUAAAGCUCUCCGCUCUCUUCACUCCCUUCAACAACACUGCCAUACUCUGGAAGAACGACUCCGUGGUCAUUACUAUUGAUCCCGAGUCGCCUCCCAACACUCUUCGUGCCUCUUUUUCUUUCCCGGACCGAGUCACCGACGCCACCUUUCGUGUGGGUGAUUCGAAGGUCCGGGUUGUAGUAGUAUACGCGCCUUCCUCCGACAAGCCAGACAAAAAGUGCUUCCUCUCACAUCUCAGCACCGCCCUCCGACAAGUCGUACGUGACGAACCCUCGCCGCCUGCGCUCCUAGUCGGGGGCGACUGGAAUUGUGUUGAGUCCCAACCCCUCGAUUCGGAGAACCAAAACGGAACGAAUUAUGGGGGUCAGGAGAUGCGCGACCUUGCCACGGCCAACAAUCUUUUCGACGCCUAUCGGCUCCACCUGUAA